CAGAAUAGUGCUCUCCUAGAAAGGAAAGGAGAAGCCAUCGCAUGUCUUACCAACCCAUCUAAAGUUGAAGUUAAUGUGUUUUCUUCCAUGCCAAAAGUAUGGCCUCCAAACUCUUUCCUACGGCAACCUUAGGAGCCGUUCUCCUCUCAGCUGUGCUUGCUGCCAACUUCUUCGAGUUCUCAUACCCUUCUUCUUCUCAUGAUUUUGAUCAUGCUGAUUUCGGAAGUUUUGAGUUCAUCCCAAUCGAUGGCGCUCUUGGCCCUGAGAGCUAUGCCUUUGACAGCCUUGGUGAAGGCCCAUACACCGGCGUAUCCGACGGCCGGAUCAUCAAGUGGCAAGAAAAUAAACGGCGGUGGUUUGAUUUUGCAGUAACGUCUUCAAACAGAUCAAGAUGUGAAGGGCCACAUGAUCACCAUGAGACGGAGCACAGUUGUGGACGACCCUUGGGACUAAAAUUCAGCAGAAAGAGCGGUGAUCUCUACAUUGCUGAUGCAUAUAUGGGACUGCUCGUAGUUGGGCCUGAAGGUGGGCUGGCCACUCGGGUGGCCACCCAAGCACAAGGAAUUCCAUUCGCAUUUCUAAACGGCUUAGACAUCGAUGAGCACACUGGACUUGUCUAUUUUACUGAUAGUAGUUCUCGUUACCAGAGGAGGAACUACCUUACUCUUAUAUUAAGCGGAGAGAAAACUGGAAGGCUAAUGAAAUAUGACCCUCAAAGAAAACAAGUAGAUGUUCUAGUUGAAAACCUCUCAUUUCCGAAUGGCGUGGUAGUAAGUGAAAAUGGCGAUUUUCUCUUGGUUGCAGAGACCACAACUUGCAGGAUCAUAAGGUACUGGCUUCAAACACCUAAGGCUGGAACUUAUGAAAUAUUUGCUGAGGUACCAGGAUUUCCAGACAACAUUAAAAAAAGUCCUAGAGGAGGAUUUUGGGUGGGAAUCCAUGCGAAGCAAAAAUGGAUAUUCAAAUGGAUUCUUUCACAUCCUUUUGUAGCAAAAUUCUUUCUUGAGCUUCCUUUUGACAUUACGGAGGCUUAUACAUAUGUAUCUAAGUGGAGAGGAAGAGGAUUGAUAAUGAGGUUGAGUGAGCAAGGUGUUGUGUUGGAUAUGGUUGAAGAUAGAAGUGGCGUGAAUUGGAAGGCUAUUUCUGAGGUUGAGGAGAAAGAUGGGAGUCUUUGGAUUGGAUCCAUACAUAAAGCUUAUGCUGGGAAGUUGAAAUUAAAUGACACAAAUUACGUGAACUUGUAAUAUCUACAUAACAUAAUGUAAUAAUAUUUAGGCUUUGGUGACCAACACAACAUCAUUGAAAUGAUUUAAUAUUUCAUUGAUCAUGAUGUUCAGAAUAUUGGUUAACCCUUUAAUUGUGUGUAUAGAAAGAUUUUUUUUCCACUCAA